UUUUGGAAUUUUUGGUCAUACCUUUAUCAAAUUUAUUGGUGGCCUAUUGAACUCACCGGCGUGCAGUUUCUAAAAAAUAUGAUGGCUCAAUUUACCUCUCCAGCUGCGUCUAACUGUUGGGUUCAACCACCUCCCGAUUCGACUGAUAGUGGCAGCGGUGAUCCUGUUCACAUACAUAAUCAUCAUCCGUUAAUAGCAUCACAACACUUUGUCACUGAUCGUGACAUCGUUUCUUGUGCACAAAUACCUCAAGUGCUCCCAAAUGACAAUCAAUUAAUCUUUAAACAGAAUCAACUGCAGCAAUUUGUAAUGCCGCCACUAGCACAUCAGAAUCACUAUUCAAAUGUCGGGUAUAUUACUUCUCGUCCUUGUCAUCACUCAGCUGAUAUUAACUCUAAUAAUACUAAUAUUGUGUAUCAUGCCGGGUUAACGCCUCAACAGCAUAUGCUUGGACGAAGUGAGGCUACAUCACAGCAUCAACAACAAAAGAUUGCCAAUGUUCCUGCAACAGUUCAACCACAGUCUACAACAGUUUUAUGCAUUAACCCGCAUCGACGUGAUGUUUCCGCACGCCCUUUAAACAAACUAACAUCCGAACUGAUCAGGACAUAUAAGACAAUCAAUGAGAAUUACUACAAUCGCAAAGCUCGGCGCCGCCAGCAUGCUAUUGAUGAUUUGUCGUCUGUAACUGCUUCAACCACUGCACCGCUUCCACACCAAAUGCGUACCCAAGUCCCUAUAACAGAUCCCAGCGAAUCGAUGAAUAAUAUCGCUUCUGGUGGAACAGCAACCCUAAACACCCUCUUAUCAAAUCAACAACACAAUUUUCUUGGGAUGCUUCAGUCUUCAUCGAAUUUGCAAGUUGGCUCAAGUUCUAUUCCUUUGCCCGAUGAAAGUUCAGCUGCUUCUGUUAGUGCAAAUCUUUCCUACCAUCAUGUUCCGCAGCAACGCAGCCUUCCUUAUAAUGUUCCAUUAGCAGGGACGAAACAUAAAAACCAUUUAUUGCAGCAACAAUCAAUUUCAUCCAAAGUUUCGCAACAGCAACAGAUGGCUUGGAAAAUUGCAAUGGAUGUGCAGGGUCUUCAGCAACAAUCAAAUCAGCAGCACCCUUCAUUGGAUCUAAAUGAAGAGGACUGCGAUGAUGAAAACCAUGAUUAUAUCAUUCGAAUAGGCGAAAUAUUUAAUUACAGGUAUCGGAUUGAAUCAAGUAUUGGCAAGGGUUCAUUUGGACAAGUAGCUAAGGCUUACGACAUGGUAGAUGAGGAAAAUGUUGCGAUCAAAAUUAUUAAAAAUAAAAAGGCGUUUUACGAUCAAGUAAGACGCUUAUCAAUUAAUUUUGAAAGAUGCUCGUAA